CUGAGGAUACAACAUUUCCAGACUGAGCUUUGUUCCCGCAUAGCUUGUCGCCUGUUAGUGCCUGAUCUGCGAGGUCAUGGUCUAACGGAAACUCAAGAUGAGGGCGACUUAUCCACAGAAAGACAAGUGAAGGAUAUCCUCAAUAUAUACAAGGCUCUCUUUGAUGAAAAUGGUGAUGAAGAACCUCCCUAUGUUGUUGUCGUUGGACAUAGGUCAGUUUGUUUCUAG